GUUUUGUGUGGUCAGUGGGGAUUAAACGGGUGAAUUAAGCUGAGAAAUUGUCACGUAGAAAUGGGCUCGUGUCCAAGCGCCCUACUGAGAGGGGAGCGGGUUCGAUGGGGCGAUGGAGAUUCAAUCAAAGAGACGCAUCCGUCGCCGCGGCUAUAAAUACCCUUUUCACACCUAUAAAAUACGACCCUUCCACCUCGCUCUCUCAACUCCUCUCUCAAGUCUCCUCCAAAUCAUCUGCCUACGAGAACGAUCACUUUCGAUCUUUUUUUUUUUUUUUUAAAAAGGAAAUCAAACACCGUCCUUCCAUACACCAUGGGUUAGUCGUAACUCCGUCGUUGCUUUUUUGUCCCUUUAUUGGUGGGGUAAUAGCGGGGUUGUUUGUCCCAUAUCCUCGCUUCUCGCCCAUCUGCAUUUCCCUGCCCAAGAUAUGAUUCCUCCUCGACUAGAAUUCGAGUUUAGCCCUGUUCUGCGAUUGCUA